CGCCCAGGCAGGGAGGGACCGGUAGGGAAAGGGGGCGGCCGCCCUAGUGGGUCCUGUCCACGAGGUGGAAAUAGAUCAAAAGGAAGGGCAGAAACCCUAUGAGAUUUGCCGAUCUAAAGGCACAGCGAGGAUUAAGUCAGGCUUCUCUGAAACCAGGUCCGCCUGUUGCGGUCGAACCGAGUUACGGUCUCCAGUUGGAGCCAAAGCAGGCAAAGCAGACAACCUUGGCCUGGCUACCAGGAACUUUGGAGAAAAGCCUGGUCAUUGUGGAGACCUAGACACGUUUCUUCUCCAUCCUUCCUUUCAAAGGAGUCUGUAAGAGAGCUCUUCAUGAGAAAAUGAAGGCUGGGAUGCAUCACCCCUUAGAGAAGAAGGGACCUGCUGAGAAGGGAGCGAAUGAGCAGAAGACUCAGCCUGAGGAAGCAGGAUUGUCCCCUGUGUCCCACAGUGGGAAAUAUCAUUCCUUGAUCCAGGAUCAGGCUCGAGAGUUGACCCAUCUACGGCAGAAGAUGAGGAUUGGGAAAGCAGUCUCUUCCCUUCUCAUCCAGCAUGUCAAAAACACAGUAAAGACCUUUGAGGAACUACUCAGCAGCAAUAACAUUGACCACUACAUGGAGCAGCACUUCCGUGAGCAGCUGGCCAAAGGCAGCCAGCUGGCAGAGAGCCUUGCCAGCAAAUUCAGCACUGAUGACUAUGCAAGUAAGAAGAGUCAAGCAGGACGGGCGCCUCUGACCCUCAGUAUCUUAAGGGAGAUGCAUAAGAAGAGCAAAGUGAGGGAAGUCCUAGAGACCAAACAGGAUGCCGGGUCCCAUGUCUGCUCCAGCAGCCACGCCCAGUCUGCUGCCCGUUGCUCCCGCAGCAGCACUUGUCCACGGUUUUGUGAGCAGAAAGCGCAUCCUGCAGUGGAUGCAGUCAAUGUCAGCCACGCUGUUCCUGCUGACUCAGCUGCAUUGCCCAGCAGUCAUUCAGGAGCUAGGUCUGCCCAGACCUUCUGUCCUCCAUGUGGCACCACCCAGCUGACCAGGACACCAGAACAUGGCAGCAGUGGCCUGUGGGAAGAGAUGAGACCUCAAAAAAUGAAUGCAUCUGGGGACCUAGCCGCCUUCUCCUCUUUGUAUCGGCCCAACUCCAAAUCCUCUGGGGCUGACCUGCUGGAAAAGAACCUUGUUGAGAUCCAGAACCUGCGCCAGCGAUUGGAGGAGUCUGUCUGCGUUAACGAUCGCCUGCGGGAGAGGCUGGAACAUGUGCUCAGCAGUGCUGACCAAGGAAAAAGUACUGCCCAGUCAGCCCCAGAUGUGUCUGUCAAAGACCCUCGUUCACAUACUCAGAGUCACUCUUCUGGCUCUGGUCAGGACAUCCUGUGAUACCUGGUAGGCCUAGAAGAAUGUUCUCCAGAACUUUCCCAGACCUAUCCAACAGCAUUCUUGGAUGCAAACUUGGAGGCAUCAGACAUUAUCUUUAAAUGAAUAGAUCAAAUUAAUAAAUUAUUAUUUAAAAUUG